CGGACGUUUCAGAACCUUCCAGCUGUGAGGUCACCCAGCAAUGUCGACAGAUCCCGCAGCAGCUCCUCGCCUACCGUACGCCUUCUCUCUCGGAACGGACGACGAACUUGACGCCUACGCCGUCGUUAACGCUGUGGCAUUCGAUGGACCGGUGAUUCGCGCUAUGUUUCCCGGUCUGGCCUCCGAUCCGGAGGGCUACUACGCGUUCCGCAGGGCGGAAAACCUCAAAGCGUUCAAGGACCCGAACAUUUCCUGGGGGAAGGUGGUGCGAACCGACACGGGUGAAGUCGUCGCGGUCGGCAGGUGGUCAUAUCACGACGGGAGAUACGCUCCAAAAGCGCCCAGCGCCGACGAGGUGUCGAAGCCGCAUUGGGCAGGGGCGAACGACGCGUUCCGCGAGCUGUUCAGCAACACGUUGGAUCGCCAUCACAAAAUGAACAUGGGAGACCAACCGCAUUACGUUCUCAAUAUGCUUGCCACGAAACCGGAGUACCAAGGUCGUGGAGCUAUCUCGCCCAUCAUCCGGCAUGUGCUCGAUGAAGCAAAGCGGAAGAACCUGCCCACAUAUAUCGAAGCCUCGCCUGCAGGCCUGCCAGUGUACAAACACUUCGGAUGGAAGGAGCUGCCGAAUCAAAUACAUAUACCACUUCCGUCAGGAGAGACGUUCGACGUUGUAGCAAUGAUACACGACGGAGUAUCGGAGUAGAUUGUUUUGAAAACGCUUAUUUCGUAGGAAGAAAUGGACCUCGACUACGUGCCCAACGUUGCUACUGAAUCCCCGAAAUCCCCACACGAUGUAACGGUCGCAUUGGCGUCCCGGUCCGUUCGCGUUCAGCUCCCCAAAUCAUGUCGACGGCGCGCCCGUGCAUGGGAUCUCUGAGUGUGGACAUUCACCAUCCAAACCUUUAGUACAACCGGCGCAAUGACUCGGUAGUUCGAUACCGGCAAGCGAGGCCUCCGCGAUGCAGUCAGCGCCUUGCGUGGCUGUCUUGAUAGGGUCGGAAUCCUUCGGAUCACCCGCUGCCUCAUCGAUAUCGUUGAGAGCUUCGAUGCAAGUGGUGAUCUGUAGAGGGAGCUCCGCAAGAGAGACAAUGCACUCCGUGAACUCGCAUUCGUCUGCACGGAGUGUGAGCUUAAAACGAGGCUGACGCCGAACUGCGCCUGCGUCGGAGAGCUGAAAGAAUGCCGUGAGCGCGAAGAAUGUCAAAGAGAUGAACGGCUUCAUGAUUGUCUCGGCGUGCUGCUAGGUGGACAGGCGAGGACCGAUCUGAACCUGGAGAUAUCUCGAGGUGUGUUUUCCUCCUCUAAGCAACGGCUCUUUUAUAUGUUGAGGAUGGUAUUUUCUCCGUUGGGCGAGUGACAGCACCGGAGCCACUCCCAUCGGGUCUUCGAGUGCCCCGCUCUACGACCGGCCACGAUUGUCGACGUGAGACCAAGCCCCAAGGAGCAAGUCCA